CUAAUUCAAGAGAAGGAUUUUGGAGAAAUGAUAAAUCCGGCGAAAUUGCUGGAUACCGGUGGAAAUGCACAGGAAGGGGCGCUGCAGGAAACUUCGUUGCCGCGUAAGAUUGACACUUUCAUGCAGGGUUCGGAGAAUCAGGAAAGUCCUGGCGCUGGUUCAGCGCAUUCAUCAAUCUCACCACCAAUAUCGCUCAUGCAUGACUUUCAGCAAAGCUCAACUACAGUACCUGUUACACUGUCGCAGCUAUGCACCCCUGCCGCAGCUACAGCUUCAGCGGCGGCAGCGGCGGCGACACCGCUUGGCAGUCAUCAGAUUCUGGUGGAUCCGAACACGGGACAGCACUUUUUGGUGUCCUCGGCGCCACCACCACCACAGCCACAAAUCAUUUAUCAGCCAGUUUACUAUUCCGCAACACCAGCACAGCCUGUUUACUAUCAUGCGUUUGCCUCGGGAGCUCACGGAGCUUAUGUUGUAGCAGCCACACCGAUAUCGAGUGCCCAGAGUGGGGCCUCUCAUGUGGCGCCGCAACACAUGUCGCUGGGACAGCGCUUCUCAUCUACACCGCCACCAGCACCUGCGACCGCCCAAAGCAGUAUCGGUGGUGGCUUUGCACGUAGCCUUGCCGAUUUUGAUGAAACAAGUUUGUAA